AUGAGAUACUUUCGACGAUUGAUGCAUAACAGUUUGGAUGUAGCAAAAAAUAUAUUUAUAAGAAAAGAAAAAUACCAAGCGUCCAAAUCAAACAUUGCAGCAAUCAUUUUUAUAAUCCGUCUUGCACUAAAUAUAUUAAAAUCUUCUCGUACAACGAUGGUUACUCAAACACAAAAACUUCUACUUCUAUCGUUCUUGCUCUCGUACAUGAUCAUUGCAACGAUCGCAAUGAACUGUCCAUUGUGUUUAAAAAAGCGCAGUAUAUUCAAUCCCUACGACAAGGCGCCUAGUUACGAUAAACGGCAAUAUGGUAUGCCUAAUCCUUACGACGAUUUUGACGAGGAUGAUUUUGAUGAUUAUGGCUUUGACGAUGAUGAUUUUGACGAUUUUUACGAUUUUGGCUUAGGGGAUGAUUAUGAGGAAUACGGUGGUGAAUACGGUGAAUAUACAGAAUAUGGUGAAUACUAUUGA